AUGGCUCCUGGCACCGGCGGGACCGCCACUGGCGGCCGGGACCACUAUGCCGUGCUGGAGAUUGCGAUGACGGCCGACACCACCUCGAUCGCCGCCAGCUACCGCCGCCUUGCACGGCUCAAGCACCCGGACAAGAACCGCGCCAAUCCCAACGCGACGGCCGACUUUCAGGCUCUCCAAGAGGCAUACAGCGUGCUCAAAGACGAGGCGCGGCGUGCCGAGUACGACCGCCAGCUCAUGUACAAGCGAGGCGCGGCCGGCAUGGGCUCGGGUCGGGGACCCGGCAAGGCGGCCGGCAUGCCGCAGUCGUCUGGGCGCGCGUACGCCACGGCCGCGGCGACGGCAGCGGCCGCGACGGCAGCCGAGAUGCUGCGGAGAAAACACCAGCAGCAGCGGCAGCAGCAGCAGCAGCAGCAGCAGCAGCAGCGUCGGCACGACCACAAUGAGGGGGGCGAAGGCCUGCAUUCAUACCACAAGAACGACUCUGGGGCGCCUCCAAUGAUGAACCCGAGGGGACCGCCGCCGCCGCGCAAAAGCGCGAUGCCCUGGGCGGCUGCCGUGGAUGGUGGCGAUACAGACAGCACGCGAGGGUUCUUUAGCAACCAGGACGCGGGGACGGGGCCGGGGCACGGCGGCCGCAUGGGGGACGGCGGCACGAGCGCCUACGCGAACUCACACUACAGCGGCCGGUCGUACCCGCCGUCGCCGCCCAACAAGCCGCGGUGGCCCAAGGAACCGCCGGCCAAGGACCAUGCACUCGAGAAGCAAAUCCAGCAGGCUCGCAAAGACAUUCGGGCGGAAGACAGAACCAUUCGGAAGCAGGGACGCGCCACAAAAAAGGUUGCAGACGUCAUUGCCGCGCUCUGGCAGGCUGUGCACGCCAUUGAAGACCAGAUGGGCCUCGUCGUCCGUAAGAAGGCACAACUUGAGGCCCAGUUGGCGGUCGCGCAGCAGUGGCACAACGCCUAUGUGGCAGGCGCGGCCGUGGCGAUACCGACGCCGCCAGUGCUUUUGCCUGUCACGGACGACCCGGCUAAGAUUGUGGAGCGGCUCGAGAAGAACCAGCGCGCCCUCGCGGGUCUGCAGCACAAACUGGCCCAGACCAACAGAGAGAUUGACGGCGCCAUGGGCCAAUCGCGGUCGAUGGCCGCCGCAACCCAAGAAGCGCACGAGCGCAAGGCGCAAAAGGAAGUAGCACUGGGCGAGUUGUGCCGUCGCUGGCGCCUCCAUGAGUUCGGUACCAGCGGCGAUGACGACGCCAAUGCGGCAGACGGGUGGCACGGCUGGUGCGGCUGGGAGGAGGGCGAUGUGGAGCCCGACAGUGAUGAGGACGACGACGAGGAUGACGCUGAGGACGAUGGGAGCAAGUACGACGUAGCUGGCAGCGGGGUCAAUGAAGAUUUAGAAGUGCACGGCUGGUCGACCGGGGCGGCCGGGACGACCGGUGCGACGACUGGCGACUACUGGUGGUACAGCUCCGACGACACGAAAGGCAGCGGCAGUGGCAGCGGCGAUACCGUCCAAGCAGGCGAGGAAGGAGUCUCGUUCACGUACAAUCCAUCUGCGUCGGAAUGGGGCCCCAGUGCGGACACCGGUAUUUCCGCGACCAAGAACGGCACAAACUACAGCGUGGGCAGUGAGGAGCGAAGUGAAGGUAACAAAGCAGCCGGCAGCCCGGCCAAAAGUGACCGCGAGGGCAGCAUCUUUGAAAGCCAAGCAGAGACAGAAAAGACAACGAAGGCAAAUACAACAGAUGUGAAGGAUGAAUCAGAAGAAGAAGAAGCACAGGCAACAGCAACAGAAGGCCUCGAGGACAGCUACACUACGGCGUCGUUUGAUUAUUAUCCGUCCGCGGAACAGCCACCCUGGUCUCACGGCCCGGCCAUUCCCAACUGUGGCCAGUACGACUACUUUGAGGAAUAUGGGCAUUACAGUACCGGAUUUGAUCAGCAGGCCGAUCCUGUCGACUACGCGUCGUACGUGCAAGCAGGGCAUGGUGGCGAUGUUAUCAACGAUGCCGACGACAGCAUUCUGUUCGAAGAACACGCCGGUGGUGUGCCCCUGGAUAGCGACUACCAAGGUAAGGGCAAGUUGGGGCAGACAUCGGGGCAGAAGGGACGGGGACAUGAUACGCAGGACAACGUCGGGCAAGGCUCGGCAGGCAAGACAGAAGAGGCAGAUAGGAGAACGGAUUCAGGGUCGACGUCUUUUACAGCCACAGGCCGCAGAGCUGAUCAGCCCCAGGCUACUAUUACUACUACUAGCACAACGAGCGCCGAACCCACCAACGCCAGUAACAACGACAUCGACGAGGAGGAGGAGGAGGCGGAAGAGAGUAGCAUGGCUGGCUGGCACGACGACGACAAUUCGGGCGAAGACGACUUGCUCGUCCCCGAGGCCGAUGCAGACGAGGAGGAUGAGGACGAGGACGGGUUCAAUGUCGACCUGCUGGGCCCGCUGGAGACGGCCCGACGGGGCAUGGGCCAGCACAUGCCCAUCUACAACAACAGCAGCAGCAGCAGCAGCAGCAACAACAUGUUGGCCAUGUCACCGGCAGCGUCGCCGUCUCCACCACGGCGUGCACCACGGAUGGCGCGGGUCCGUCGGGCUCCGGGGCAGUCCGCUGUUGCAGCGGCCAUUUCCAGCCUGACCGGCGAUGCAGAUGCCAACUCCCAGAGCUGGCGGGCUGGCAGCGAGGCGGUGGCAGAGCAAAACACAAUGGUUGACCACGAUGCGCGGGAGCAGGCGUGGCGGCAGGCCAUGUGGCAAGGCUGGUGA